CCGCCCCUCGCCUACGCACAUGCGCAGGUCGAACCCUGCGGACCCCUGUGGCCCCGGCGCGCGUGACGUAGACCCGUACACCGGUGCGUGGUGACGCAGGGGCGUGCGCUCGGUGGCUAAUCCGGGGAGAUGGCGGCUGCUGCUAUGGAGGAGAGGGAUUGAGAGGGGCGGAGGGAGGAGGCGAGAGGAGAGACGUUCCCAACGGUGAACACGAGCGCUGCGCUCGCCCUUCACUAGGAGCUGUGCUCCGUGCCGAGUGUCCUAGAACGAAAACAUCACCAUGGCUACAGAAAUUGGUUCUCCUCCUCGUUUUUUCCAUAUGCCAAGGUUCCAACAUCAGGCACCUCGACAACUGUUUUAUAAGCGACCUGAUUUUGCACAGCAGCAAGCAAUGCAGCAGCUUACCUUUGAUGGAAAACGAAUGAGAAAAGCAGUAAACCGAAAAACGAUAGACUAUAAUCCGUCUGUAAUUAAGUAUUUGGAGAAUAGAAUAUGGCAAAGAGACCAGAGAGAUAUGAGGGCAAUUCAGCCUGACGCAGGUUAUUAUAAUGAUCUGGUCCCACCUAUAGGGAUGUUGAAUAAUCCUAUGAAUGCAGUAACAACAAAAUUUGUUAGAACAUCAACCAAUAAAGUAAAGUGUCCAGUAUUUGUUGUUAGGUGGACUCCAGAGGGAAGACGGUUGGUCACUGGAGCUUCUAGUGGAGAGUUCACCUUGUGGAAUGGACUCACUUUCAAUUUUGAAACAAUACUACAGGCUCACGAUAGCCCAGUGAGGGCCAUGACUUGGUCACAUAAUGACAUGUGGAUGUUGACAGCAGACCACGGAGGAUAUGUGAAAUAUUGGCAAUCGAACAUGAACAACGUCAAGAUGUUCCAGGCACAUAAGGAGGCGAUUAGAGAGGCCAGUUUCUCACCCACGGAUAAUAAAUUUGCUACAUGCUCUGAUGACGGCACUGUUAGAAUCUGGGACUUUCUUCGUUGCCAUGAGGAAAGAAUUCUCCGAGGGCAUGGUGCUGAUGUGAAAUGUGUAGACUGGCAUCCAACAAAAGGGUUAGUUGUUUCAGGAAGUAAAGAUAGUCAACAGCCAAUCAAGUUCUGGGAUCCCAAGACUGGGCAGAGUCUUGCAACACUUCAUGCCCAUAAAAACACAGUGAUGGAAGUAAAAUUAAAUCUCAAUGGCAAUUGGCUACUCACAGCAUCACGUGACCAUCUCUGUAAACUUUUUGAUAUCAGAAACCUGAAAGAAGAGCUUCAAGUCUUCCGAGGUCAUAAGAAAGAAGCCACAGCUGUGGCCUGGCAUCCUGUUCAUGAAGGACUUUUUGCCAGUGGAGGGUCCGAUGGCUCUUUGCUCUUCUGGCAUGUUGGGGUAGAGAAGGAAGUGGGCGGGAUGGAGAUGGCCCACGAAGGAAUGAUCUGGAGUCUGGCGUGGCAUCCUCUUGGACAUAUCCUCUGCUCAGGCUCAAAUGACCAUACCAGCAAAUUCUGGACCCGAAACCGACCAGGUGAUAAAAUGCGUGAUCGCUAUAAUCUAAACCUAUUACCAGGAAUGUCAGAAGAUGGAGUAGAAUAUGAUGACCUUGAACCUAAUAGCCUGGCAGUAAUACCAGGGAUGGGAAUACCAGAACAACUUAAAUUAGCCAUGGAACAAGAGCAGAUGGGGAAAGAUGAGUCAAAUGAAAUUGAAAUGACAAUUCCAGGUUUAGAUUGGGGAAUGGAGGAAGUGAUGCAAAAGGAUCAGAAAAAAGUACCUCAGAAGAAAGUUCCUUAUGCAAAACCUAUCCCUGCUCAGUUCCAGCAGGCUUGGAUGCAAAAUAAAGUUCCAAUUCCUGCCCCAAACGAGGUACUGAAUGACAGAAAAGAGGACAUUAAAUUGGAAGAGAAGAAAAAGACGCAAGCAGAAAUUGAGCAAGAAAUGGCCACAUUACAGUAUACUAACCCACAGCUUCUAGAGCAACUUAAAAUUGAAAGGCUUGCACAAAAACAGGCUGAGCAAAUUCAGCCUCCUCCUGCAUCUGGUACCCCUCUUCUUGGACCCCAGCCCUUUCCAGGACAAGGUCCAAUGUCUCAGAUUCCUCAAGGUUUUCAACAGCCCCAUUCAUCUCAGCAGAUGCCAAUGAACAUGGCUCAAAUGGGGCCUCCAGGUCCACAGGGACAGUUCAGACCCCCUGGACCCCAGGGACAAAUGGGACCACAAGGUCCUCCAUUGCAUCAGGGAGGUGGAGGGCCACAAGGAUUCAUGGGACCACAAGGGCCCCAGGGCCCACCCCAAGGGUUGCCGAGGCCUCAGGACAUACAUGGCCCCCAAGGAAUGCAAAGACAUCCUGGACCUCAUGGCCCUUUGGGACUUCAAGGACCACCUGGGCCACAGGGUAAUUCUGGUCCUCAAGGUCAUAUGGGUCCUCAAAGCCUACCUGGCCCACAAGGUCACAUCGGCCCCCAAGGCCCACCUGGUCCCCAGGGGCAUAUGGGCCCUCAGGGGCCUCCAGGUACUCAAGGUAUGCAGGGGCCACCUGGUCCCAGAGGAAUGCAAGGACCUCCUCAUCCUCAUGGAAUACAAGGCGGGCCCGGGUCUCAGGGGAUCCAAGGUCCCGUGUCUCAGGGACCUCUGAUGGGACUGAAUCCAAGAGGAAUGCAGGGUCCUCCAGGCCCUCGAGAGAAUCAGGGUCCUACUCCCCAAGGCAUGAUGAUGGGCCACCCACCUCAAGAGAUGAGACCUCACCCUCCAAGUGGACUACUGGGACAUGGCCCUCAGGAGAUGCGAGGCCCUCAGGAGAUGCGAGGCCCUCAGGAGAUGCGCGCCAUGCAGGGGCCUCCACCUCAAGGGUCGAUGCUGGGCCCUCCCCAGGAGUUGCGAGGGCCACCAGGCUCACAAGGACAGCAGGGGCCGCCCCAGGGCUCUCUGGGGCCUCCACCCCAGGGUGGCAUGCAGGGGCCCCCUGGGCCUCAGGGACAGCAGAACCCUGCCCGCGGGCCACAUCCAUCUCAAGGGCAAAUGCCAUUCCAGCAGCAGAAAACAGCUCUACUGGGCGAUGGGCCCCGGGCCCCCUUCAAUCAGGAAGGACAGAGCACAGGCCCCCCACCCCUGAUCCCAGGCCUAGGGCAGCAGGGAGCACAAGGUCGCAUCCCCCCUCUUAAUCCUGGACAAGGACCUGGCCCUAACAAAGUUUCAGAAGAGGAGCCCCCCCGAGACACGAAGGCCGGGCUCCCCCCCGAGGAAGGGAUGGCUUUCCUGGUCCUGAUGACUUCGGUCCAGAGGAGAGCUUUGAUGCUUCUGAGGAAGCUGCCCGUGGAAGAGACCUCCGGGGCAGAGGUCGGGGUGCCCCACGAGGAGGAAGGAAGGGUUUACUUCCCACUCCUGAUGAAUUCCCUCGCUUUGAAGGAGGUCGGAAACCAGACUCCUGGGAUGGAAGUCGAGAGCCAGGGCCAGGUCAUGAACAUUUCCGUGAUGCUCCCCGCCCGGACCAUCCCCCUCACGACGGUCAUUCCCCAGCUAGCAGAGAGCGUUCCUCUUCUCUCCAAGGCAUGGACAUGGCAUCCCUGCCACCUCGAAAGCGCCCCUGGCAUGAUGGGCCAGGGACCUCUGAGCACAGAGAAAUGGAAGCCCCCGGGGGUCCUUCUGAAGAUCGAGGAGGCAAAGGCCGAGGGGGCCCAGGACCUUCCCAAAGAGUGCCAAAAUCUGGGCGUUCCAGCUCCUUGGAUGGAGAUCACCAUGAUGGAUACCACAGAGAUGAACCUUUUGGGGGCCCUCCAGGCAGUGGUACUCCUUCCAGAGGGGUCCGGAGUGGCAGUAACUGGAGUAGAGGGAGUAACAUGAACUCUGGUCCACCACGGCGAGGAGCUUCAAGGGGUGGUGGAAGGGGCCGGUAGAAGUUGGGGUUGAGUCCCCCUCGGCCUCUCUGGACAGUAUUUAAAAACUCCUUGUGGACUUACCAAGAGAAACAAAAGGAAGCCUGCACCUUGUAGCCCUGAACUCUUCUGGGGCAGCUGAGUUCCCGGAGCCCCUGAGGUCUUCAGGGUGAAGAGACUGCUGCUGGCCCCGGAGCAGCUGCCUUGUCUGUCCUGUCCACCUCACUGCCCAGCUCCUGCAUUGUUUUGUGAAGAUAAAAGCUGGAAUUUUUUUUUUAAGUGUCGCGAGACAAGGAGCACCUCCUCAAAAUUAAGUUCAUGUUCAAUUGGAAAUUUGUUUCUAUAUGUACAGUUUGUCAGAGAAAAAACAUUAAGUUGUUUUUGUAUGAAUACAGAAUGUGAUUUAUGCAAGAAUUAACAGAAAAGAACUAGUUGUGAUGUGCUUGCCUUAAGGAAACCCUGAGUUUCCAUGCAUCCAGUCUGUGGAGGGUGUACAGUUAGUGCUUAUCCUUGUAAGCACACUUGAUGGAACCGCUAUAAGUCUCUAAAUUUCACCUGUGAACUUUGUUUUUAAACAAAUUCUCAUCCAGCCAUUCUGUAUUUUUGUAAUAGAGUGAGAAAUACCUUAAAACUAUAACAUAGGUUGAAGUAGAUUCAAAGCCUUGGUUAAACAUCUUCUGGCAGAUGGAGAAUUAUACUAUGAAAAUACUCUCAUUAUCCAAGUAGGGGGGCUCUCCCUUGGGCGCAUCUUCUAGUAAUAACCUUAGACUUGAACUGCCUUGUUUCCGACUAGAGGAACUUGAUGGAAGCCAGAAAUUAACUACAUGUAUCCUUUUGAUGACUGUACAUCAUUUCACAAAUUGUUUAAGUUGAAAAGAAUGGACCAAAAUGUCUAAAACAACUUUGUAAAACUUCAAUAAUUGCUUUCUCUUCCA